AUGGCGGCCUCCAUGCACGCCGCUGUAAAGCUGCUGUGUCGUUUAUCUCCAUCAAUUACUCUUCCAGUUCGACGAUAUCAGUUCUGUCUACAGAGGUUACCUGUAAGGUUAGCUGUCCCAGCGUGUCCAGGUGUUCCUCCAGGUCGCUUUUACAGCAACUCUGCAUCUCUGCAGGAUGGAGAAACUGCUCAGGCUACAGAGGCUCUGUCCAGAUACAAAGACAGACCGUGGGAAUAUCUGGACAGUGAAGAGUAUGCAGACAGGUAUGGAACCGGUACGGUGUGGGCGGAAUACAGGAGGAAUCACAAAGGAGCAAUCCCUCCCCAGAAGACUCGCAAAACCUGCAUUAGAGGUGAUAAGAUUUGUGGAAACCCCUGUCCAAUAUGUCGGGAUCCGAAUGUAAUCAUCCAUCCCCAGAAUGUGAAGCUGCUGCAGCAGUUCAUCAGCCCUCACACUGGACAGGUGUUUGAUCCCACCAGGACAGGUGUGUGUGUGAGGCAGCAGAAGAAGCUGAAUGAGGCGAUCAACACGGCCAGAGACCACGGUUUGCUUCCCUUUCAGAUCGCAUAUGUGGACUUUGCAGGAGAAGAUUACUCCAACUCCCAUGAUGCAGUGGGCUCCACUCCUUCUCCACCAUUCCUGACCUCAAGUGGCAGCUGGUACAGCUGGUAUGGUGAGGUCAAGCCCAAUGAAAUGGAGGUGAACAAAGUGAAGAAGACCUACAAGGCCUACCUGAAGCAACCAUGACCUACAGAGCACACCUGAAGAGAUAAAGACUGACGGAGUGUACCUGAAGAGACAAAGACCUACAGACCUGAAGUAUUAAACAUUUUAAUAUCGGUGGAUGAGAGAGCAGAGGAACAAGGACACUUCCCUGUGGGACCCCUCCAUUACUUCAUACAGGGAGACGUUAACCAGAGUGAAUUUAGACUCUUUUUUUGGUUCACAAAUGUUAAAAAGGUCAUGUCACAGCCAUUACUUUAUUGUAGCGUUUUAAUCAGUCCCUUGCAAUCAUCUACAUUUCUUUAUUGACUAAAACUGCAGAAAAACUCCUGAAUGUGUUGAAAUUGUAAAGAUACGUUAGCAGUGUUUGGUUUACUACUAUCUCAACAUUGCCAAUGUAUUUGCACAAAUUGGACAGAAGUCUUUUUAGUCAGGAAUGUGACAUUUAAGCUACAAACUAUUUAUUUAAAUGAUUAGGUGUCACCUCUUUUUGCCUCCUCCUGCAGGCCUACUUUGACAUUUUCCAAAUUUCACAAGACAGCAACAUUUGGGCAAAAGCUUGAAGCAGCUUUACCCUCUUUUUCAAACAUUGCCAGCAUGUUUGUCCAGUGAUCUGUAAGUUAAACACUGAAAACUGAAACACUGCCAAUGUUUUUGCACAAUGCAACCCAAAUAUUCAGGAUUUUUUGGUUAAAAUCUAACUGAAGAUCUGUUUUCUUUUUGAUCCCAUCCAUCAUGAAAGCCAGAUGUUUAAAGCAGGCAUGUUUAUGGUUACAGUGGUUCGCAACUGGAGGGUUGGGAGCUAAAGGUCUCAGAGCUGUUUUCAGUCGGUCAAAAAUCUGUGCCUGAGGAAAAACGGGGGCAAAAAUUCUUCAAUGUGUGGAAGCUUUAGGAGGCAUAUGUUUUUUGUUUUUUGGAUGAGUAAAUUUUGUUGUUUUUUUUUUUUUUUUUGAGCUCUCGACUUAUUUUUCUGUUACCUUUAUAUAACAAAGCUGGUUUUCCCACCACAAUGCCUUGUGCUCUCUAGAAAACAAAGUUUCCACCUUAUCACAGUAAAUUCAGUAAAAUAAAAUGUCUGUGUGCAUGUCCUCCAAGGGUUGCUAUAAUGAAGAUGUUUAUGAACACAUUUCUUUUGUCCUCGUUCCGUCCAAACGGGAACAUUCUUGUCAAUACAUGUGUGGUUAAACUUUUACGUAUAUUUGGGUGUCGAGUUCUCAUUGAGGAGGUGGUGGAGACUCCUGAGAAUAAGACACAAUGAGAACCACUGAUUGAGACACUGCUCUCUCUUCAUUUGAUUUAACUUAUGACUGGAGAUCUUAAGGUCAAAGCUCCAACAUUAUCUGAAUGUGAGGAGACGUGAUACUGUGACGUCAUUGUGUGUCUGUGCGCUCUGAUGUUCAUGUCUGUAUAUAAAUAAAUAAAUGAUUAAAUGAA